AUGCCUCCAAGAAAGGCAAUACCUGAGCCUGAUACUCAACAAGAUCCUGCAAGAUCCUUACGAAAACGCGGGUACCAAGAUCUCGAAUCCAUUCCCGAAAGCGACCUUGAAACAUCGCCAGUAAAGCGACAACGAAGUGCAGCUCAUCGUUCACCCAAAGUAGCCACUGGAGCGAAUGGACAUACAGAAGCUAUACACCGAGAUGUGAUAGGAGACAGUGAUGCAAGCUCAUCCGAAUCAUUAUCAAGAGUCGACCCAGAUGAAACCCCUAAACCUGCACCAAAACGACGAGGGAGACCACCAAAGAAGGCUGUGAAUGGCGAAACUCCUACACCGAAAGCGAACCGUACUGCUCUUUUUGAAACGCCAAACAAGAAAACGCCCGUGGCUUUGAAUGGAGCAACACCUGGAGGAGCAGACAGAUCUGCCAAGCGAAAGAGUACGAGAGCGCUCAUAGAACAUGUUGUUGGCGACGACCUUACGGAUGAGGAGGAAUACGACGGCCUUGCGCAGCAAAUCUACGAAUCUAGUGAAGACGAAGAAGCGCUCGAGGGCGACGUUGCCAUUUCCACCGAAGCUUCAGGUGUAGAUGAAGCUGCGACACCUUCGAAAUCGACACCUCGCCGGAAAGCUCAUCGGAAAGCACCAGCUCGAUCUCCAACUCCUCCUCGCGACUUGCCUCCUCACGAAUUAUACUUUGCGCACAACAAACCUGGGCGGGCCAAGACUUCGAAUAAUACUCUGGGAUCACUCGCUCUACUUACACACGAUGAAUACUUUACCAUUAUGCGAGAAACUCAGGAUCACCAUGAGGCUGAUAUCGAAUUUUUAGAGAGUCUGCAUGCCGAAUCAUUCCCGCAAUGGGCGUUCGAGUUAUCGCAAGGGUUCAGUUUGUGUCUAUAUGGUUAUGGCUCGAAGCGACGUCUCCUACACAAGCUUGCUGGUCACUUGUACUCUUCCAUUAGGAAGGAGAAGGGGGACAAGAUUGUUGUAAUCAAUGGCUACGCCCACAAUACCACUAUGCGCGAGGUAUUGAGCACAAUUGGCGCGGCUGUUGAUCCAAGUCACCGCAUUCCUCUAACGCAACCUGCCGUCAUGGUCCCUGCCAUUCUCUCACACCUAGCCACAACGUCGUCAACGCUGACUCUCAUUGUUAACUCAAUCGAUGCGGCGCCUCUUCGUAAAUCUGGCUCGCAGUCUGCUCUAGCGCAACUCGCGGCGCAUCCUCAAAUAAAGAUGGUGUGUUCAGCUGAUACACCAGACUUUGCACUACUGUGGGAUAUAGGUGUGCGAUCUGCGUUUAACAUGGUGUUCCACGACUGUACGACCUUUGCCCCAUAUGGUGCCGAGCUGGAUGUUGUGGAUGAGGUACACGAGCUUCUCGGGAGGAAUGCUCACCGAGUCAAUGGUAGAGAAGGCGUUGCAUUCGUUUUACGAAGUUUGCCCGAAAAUGCCAAGAAUCUGUUCCGCCUCUUGGUGGGCGAGGUUCUCAUUGCGAUUGAGGAGGAGAGCGACAGUGGCGAUGAGCCAAUUGGUGUUGAGUAUCGAAUGGUGUACAACAAGGCCGUGGAAGAGUUCAUCUGCAGUUCCGAGAUGGCUUUCCGAACCCUGCUGAAAGAGUACAUUCCACGACCAUCAAAUAAUCACGAGUAUGAAGGAUGCUCUGGGAACAGAGCUGCUGAGCUUGCCAUUUAG